AAUGAUAUUAUAUGAAUGGGGUUUGUUUCAAAAGUAUAAAACAUCAGUACGAGAUCAGUUUGUGCUCAAACUUGAUAGAGUUAAUAUCUAUUCAGCUUCUCAUCCGAUUAUUUUGUGUUUCGAAAAUAUUAUUGUUUUAUUAAAACAAAAAUGUCUAAAACACUUGAACAAUCACCAAAUGCCGCCAUAAACAAAUCCAUUUUGGACAAGUAUAUGACCCUACCGCAACCCGAAAACAAAAUCCAAGCAACGUACAUUUGGAUCGACGGCACAGGCGAAGGAUUGAGAUGCAAGGAUCGAACAAUUGAAUUCAUACCACAAAGCCCAAAAGAGCUUCCAAUCUGGAAUUACGAUGGUAGUUCAACGUAUCAAGCUGAUGGCAAGAACUCUGAUGUUUAUUUACAUCCAGUGGCAAUAUACAAGGACCCAUUCCGUCGUGGAAAUAACAUCUUAGUUCUUUGCGAAACCUACAGGUUCGAUGGAACACCAACUUACACCAAUAAGCGUCAAUCGUGUGCAGAAGUAGUAAACCAGUGCAUUAAGGAAGAGCCAUGGUUCGGUAUUGAACAGGAAUACACUUUACUUGAUAUGGAUGAUAGACCAUUCGGCUGGCCGAAAAUGGGCUUCCCUGGCCCACAAGGCCCCUAUUAUUGCGGCGUUGGUGCUAACAAGGUAUUCGGACGAGAAAUUGUCGAAGCUCAUUACCGAGCUUGCCUGUAUGCAGGAGUGAAAAUCUGCGGUACAAAUGCUGAAGUAAUGCCAGCACAAUGGGAGUACCAAGUUGGACCAUGCCUUGGCAUUUCCAUUGCUGAUGACAUUUGGAUGUCAAGAUAUUUACUACACAGAAUUUCGGAAGAGUUCGGCAUUGUUGCAACUCUUGAUCCAAAACCAAUGACUGGUGAUUGGAACGGAGCUGGGGCUCACACGAAUGUCUCAACAAAAAUAAUGCGACAACCAGGUGGUAUAACUGCCAUUCAAACAGCAAUUGACAAGCUAUCUAAACAUCAUUUACGUCAUAUCCAUGCUUAUGAUCCGCAUGAGGGUAAGGACAAUGCUCGUCGUUUAACUGGCAAGCACGAGACAAGUUCAAUCCAUGAUUUCAGCUCAGGUGUUGCACACCGUGGCGCUAGUAUUCGAAUUCCACGUGGUGUUUCAGAUGAGGGAUGUGGAUACUUUGAGGAUCGACGUCCGGCGUCCAACUGUGAUCCGUACAGUGUUAUCGAAGCUAUACUCAGAACCAUUUGUCUCGAUCAAUAGGCUACGAUUGCUGUGAGAUCUAUAAAUAUGCGUAAAGUUACACCGUUACGCAUAUUCUUAUCGAUAUCGCACAAUUUGCAUUAAUUAUUUUCAUUUCUUUUUUGAAUUUUAAUCCCCCAAUUCUAAGAGUAUUAGAUAAUUUGCUUUUCGAAUUUUCGUUUUCUGGAACAUUUCAUGGGCUAUGAAAAACGAAAGACAAAUUUUCGGCUACACAAUUUUCUUUUUCGUUUGUUAUGUGUUAGAACUUAACUCAAGUAUUAGCUUUAAGAUUAAGACCUAAAUAUAUUAAUCACAAUUGUUAAUUAU